CAGGAGACGGGUGCUCCCAGGACAGGCUGGAAGACACAAUGGUUCUGCCAAACUUUUCUUUUGUCACUUGGCUGCUUCUCAUCGUUUUCCUUAGCCUUCUGCUCCUCUAUGGGAUAUGGCCCUUCCAGGCCUUCAAGAAGCUGGGCAUUCCCGGGCCACGGCCUCUGCCAUUUUUAGGAACUCUCCUGGAGUACCGGCACGGAAUCACGAAUUUUGAUUGGAUGUGCUUUGAAAAGUAUGGCAAAAUCUGGGGGAUUUUUGAUGGCAGGCAGCCUGUGCUGAUCGUUUUGGACCUCAUCCUCAUCAAAAACAUCCUGGUGAAAGAGUGCUAUACGGUUUUUACCAAUCGCCGGAACUCCAGUCUGAACGGGAUCCUGGAGUCGGCCAUCAGCGUGGCUGAAGAUGAGAAGUGGAAAAGGAUUCGCACUGUGCUCUCUCCAACCUUCACCAGCGGGAAGCUGAAGGAGAUGUUCCCUAUCAUUAACCACUAUGGUGAAAAAUUAGUGAAGAACAUUGAGAAGAAAGUGGCUAAUGAUGAGUUCAUUACCAUGAAGGACAUUUUUGGAGCCUACAGCAUGGAUGUGGUGGCCAGCACUUCUUUCAGUGUGAAUAUUGACUCCAUGAGCAACCCCAAUGACCCCUUUGUCACCAACAUUAAGGAAUUUCUCAACUUCAGUUUCCUAAACCCCGUGUUCAUACUCUCAGUGUUGUUCCCUUUUGUUAUCCCAGUGCUGGAAAAGAUGAAUGUGACAAUAUUUUCCUCAAAGGCCAUGGACUUCUUCAAGGGCGUCUUCAUAAAAAUGAAGAAGGAACGGGAAAAGGGCAGCAGCACGGACCGGGUUGAUUUCCUGCAACUCAUGGUUGACUCGCAGUGCUCACAUGACAGCUCCAAGUCUGCUGAGACUGACUCAUACAAAUCAUUAAGUGAUGAGGAGAUUCUGGCCCAGGCUCUUAUCUUCAUCUUUGCUGGUUAUGAGACCACCAGCUCCACCCUCAGCUACAUAUCAUAUAACCUGGCCACCCACCCUGACGUGCAGCAGCGACUUCAGGAUGAGAUCGAUGCAAACCUGCCCAACAAGGCUACUCCCACAUACAACGCCAUCAAGCAGAUGGAGUACCUCGAUAUGGUGGUGAACGAAUCCCUCCGGCUCUACCCCCCUGGGAGCCGGCUUGAGAGGAUCUGCAAGAAGGCGGUGGAGCUCAAUGGUGUGACUAUUCCAAAGGGCAUGGUAGUCAUGAUCCCAGCCUACGUGCUACAUCGUGACCCGGAGUACUGGCCGGAGCCAGAGGAGUUCAGGCCUGAGAGGUUCAGUAAAGAGAGCAAAGACUCUAUUGACCCCUACACCUUCCUGCCAUUUGGGGCUGGCCCCAGGAACUGCAUAGGAAUGAGGUUUGCUCUCCUCAUCAUGAAAGUAGCUAUAGUUGUCCUGUUGCAAAACUUCUCAUUCAGAACCUGCAAAGACACUCUGAUCCCGCUGGUUCUGGACACAAAAGGUUUCAUGCAACCAAAGAAGCCCAUCGUCCUGAAGAUGGUCCCCAGAGCCCAUGCUGAUCUGGAGAAGUGAAGGAAGCAGGAACAGAUCAGAGACUGUUGUUUGAUGGUGCCUCCUCUAACUCUUGAGAGGAGACCCAGGUUGAUGUGUGUGCUGUAGAAAUGUCAGUGGUGCAACCCCCCAUUUCACAACAGGGCUUGAGGGGUUUGGCCCAGCAUAAAUACAUGAGCAUUAUCCUAAUGAACACGAGCCCCAGGUCCUGCUGUCCCUGAUCACAAUAGGCAUUUUGCAAGACCAUUUGCACUCAAAUUAUUUGGGCAUUUUUUUCUCUCCCUCUGAAGAGGUACUUUUCUAAGCAAUUUGAUUCCAGACACUGUCAGUCUCUUCUGGCAGUGUAAUUCAAAUCAAGAUAGGGAGAGCAAAUUGCACAUAGUUAAGUAAUGCUACCAUUGCUCCUGUUCCUACUGCCUGCUGGGUGACUCUGUAUGUCUUCUGGUUCUAUUCUUGUGGGAAUGCAGAGUUGUCCAGGGCUAUUUCCUCAGCUGUGUGCUAUGACCCUGACAAGUGUUAAAGUGGUCACAUCCUUGUAGGAAUGAAUGCCUGCGGCAAAUUUUCUGAUGCUGAUUUAUUUAGAUUUUCUUAUGGUUUUAGAUGGCUUUUGCAUGAUUCAGAUUGCAGAUGAGUUAACUGGAGGAGGCCAGAGAUAAGCAGUUACCCCUAAUGACUGGAGAUUUGCAGAAUGGGAGAGAAGUGCCCUGCCCGUUUGCUUAUUUUACCACGGGCGUGCAGCCAUCUCCCAUAGAAGGGAUUGUCAACACAGGCACCAUCUAUACUGCCGUCAUAACACCUUUUAAUCUCUGAUUUAUAUUAGGCCAUUGUAAGACCAGCUUAACUGAAUUAAUAAUGAUGCAGGGUGCAGCACUGAGAGCCUUCAGAUGUCCUGGAGAACCCUAGUCUGGAAGAAAGGUGUUGCCUUUGGCUAUUGAGAGCCGGGAAGUCUUGCUAGACUUUGUCAUUUUUGUAGAUUCUAGAAGACCUGUAUGCUCACAUUUCAUAUUAUUCCUCCAGAAACUGCUACUGGAGGGCUAAAUGCAAUAAAAAGCUCACUUUUACCUCUUCUGUAACCA